CAAGGAUCUGACAGGAAUCGAAGACGAUGCAACUCUGAAGCAGCAUAUAUUGGAUGUUCAAGCAAAGGCAUACAAGGUAUCUAGACCCAUGGACACGUCGUCCUGCCGUAGCGAAACUUAAUUGUUCAUGACUAGGUUGCUCCUUACGUGUGCAUCUAUCUUUUCUCUUUUACCAGGUAUCUUGUUUGUAUGUUUGUGCUGAGUAAACACACAAAAAUCGAGCCCUUUAGACGCAGGAUGUCGGGGCUACCUGCUUAUCACCAAGUUGUGCGCAUCGGACGUGAACACAAGAACCCAAUUUUCCUUGACGUCGGCUGUUGCUUUGGAAAUGUCAUCAGGGAAGUAAUUCUUGAUGGUUUUCCUGCAGCUCAAACGAUUGGAACUGAUCUCCAUCAAGAACUCUGGGAUCUGGGACAUGAACUCUUCAAGUCGUCUCCAGAGACUUUUCCAGCUCACUUCGUGGGCGGGGACGCUUUUGACCCAGAAAUCCUCGCUGUGGCUCCGCCUGCGUCGCUACAGACAACAGAAGUUUCAACUCCCGACCUCAAUAACCUCACUUCGUUGAAUUCGUUACGCGGAUGUGUUUCCGCAAUUCACGCAACAGCCUUCUUCCACCUGUUUAAAGAAGAUCAACAACUGCGCAUGGCACGUGCUUUUGCUGGCCUUCUCUCCGCUGAACCAGGCUCCAUCAUUCUCGGAGCGCACGCGGGUGCUCAACAGAAGGGUGUCGUGAAUCAAGUAUAUUGGGGUAUCGAGGUUGACAUGUUCGCCCACAGCGUCGAGAGCUGGACUUCUAUGUGGGAUGGGGAAGUAUUCGAGAAAGGGACGGUCAAGGUGGAUGCACACUUAAGGGAGGUAUCCGAAGAUAUGGGAGGCGAUGAACGUUAUCCGGUGUUGCUCUGGUCUGUGACCAGACUGUGAGCAUGUGUUUUUUACUUCCUCGCCAUUGCUAGAGUCUAGACUAGGCUAUUGAAUACAAUUCGGGUGUGAUCUGAUCAAGUGUCUCAAGUAGCAUCCUU